GGCGCACCUCGCGGAAGUGCGCGCGGAGCCGGCUGCUGCGGCCCGUCCCCUCACGGCCCUGAUACAGAGGCUCGUGCCAGCCCUUGCUGUGCUAGAGUGAUGUGCGCGCUGUAAGGUGCGUUUCAGCCGGCGGGACACGGACCGGGGAGAAGCACGCCGCUCACCCGAGGCAGCUUGUGUUAAAGACAUUUAAGGAAAUAACACUUUGAGACAAUGACAGACUUUGAAAAGAACCUCAAGCAGGACAUGAUUUCUCAGCUGCAUAAUUUUGCUGCUGUUGGAGAUACAGUCAGAUUGAAAACGUUGCUCAGUCAUUCUCCAUCACUGAUCAAUGCAACUGCAGAAAACGGCUGGACAGCCUUGAUGUAUGGUGCCAGAAAUGGGCAUUUUGAGGUUGUGCAAAUUCUUCUUGAAGAAGGGUGUGACCGGUCCGUCGUUAAUAAAUCAAGGCAGACUGCUCUGGAUAUUGCUAAAUUUUGGGGGUAUAAACACAUAGCUAAUUUGUUGGCUAAUGUGAAGGGGGGGGAGAGACCUACUUUUCUGCCAAAUGAAGUGAAAGUGUGUGAAAAUUACUUUGGCAUGACACUUCUGGACAGAAGGAGUGACAAAAGAACAGAUUCUAACUGGUUAAGCAAGAAACAAAUACAUCCAACUACAGUGUAUAUCCUUUUCUCAAAUCUAAGUCCAUUAGUUACUUUGGGUGGAGGAGUACAGAGUUCCCAGCCACCAGAAGUCAAGCUUUGUAGGCUGUACCACAAAGAUAUAAAGCAGUACCUGAACCAGACCGAAGAAGUCACCUUGAUUUUUCUUGGAGUUGAACUUCAGUUCCACAAGAAUGUGAAUGGAAGGGUUCUGAAAGAAGACGAAGAGGAUGGGUUAGUUGCUUGGUUUGCUCUUAGCAUAGAUCCUACUUCUGCUGAGAAAUUUAAACAGACGCAUGAAGACUGUUAUUUUCUUCAUCCACCAAUGCCUGCACUACUGCAGUUGCCUGAAAAAGAAGCUGGAGUAGUAGCCCAGGCUAGAUCUGUUCUAGCAUGGCACAGCCGCUACCAGUUUUGCCCAACGUGUGGGAGUGCAACCAAGAUUGAAGAAGGGGGUUACAAGAAAACUUGCUUGAAGGAAGAUUGUCCCAGUCUCCAUGGUGUUCACAACACCUCAUAUCCAAGAGUUGAUCCUGUUGUGAUAAUGCAAGUCAUCCAUCCAGAUGGGAACCAGUGCCUUUUAGGCAGGCAGAAAAGAUUCCCCCCUGGAAUGUUUACCUGUCUUGCUGGCUUUGUAGAACCUGGUGAAACAAUAGAAGAUGCUGUUCGAAGAGAAGUGGAAGAGGAGGCUGGAGUCAAAGUUGGCCAUGUUCAGUAUGUCUGUUGUCAGCCGUGGCCAAUGCCCUCCUCCCUAAUGAUUGGUUGCUUAGCUGUUGCAGUGUCUACAGAAAUUAAAGUUGACAAGAAUGAAAUAGAGGAUGCCCGCUGGUUCACUAGAGAACAGGUCGUGGACGUUAUCAUUAAAGGAAAUCAACAUUCUUUCUUUGUGCCACCAAGUCAAGCUAUUGCACACCAGUUGAUAAAACAUUGGAUUGGAAUGAUUGCUAAUCUUUAAAUUUAAAUAAUUGAUUUCUUUAAUUUAAAUUAUUUCCUCUAGUGUUUGCUAAUGUUAGAAAUAAGUUAGAAGGACCUGUUUAUCUACUUACCUUAGGCAAUGACUUAUUUCAUUCUCUGAUCAUUAGAAACGGAACUGUAGAGUAAUGAAGAAGAAAAGUAGAUUAUUAAAACAGCACAUAAUAUUUCAAAAUAUGCACAAAGUUAUUUUAUAAAAAUUAAGAUAUUAACAUUGUUACUGUCAUUAAGAAUUUACAGUUGAAAGACAGAAAUACAUAUCAACCCCAUCUGUGAAACAGAGAGCAACAUAGUAUUAGAAAUAUUUACUUACGUGUAUUUAAUGCUAUAUUUAAAAUUUGUGCCUUGAUUUAUUAUGUUACUGAAAAUAAUGGAAACUAUAUGCUUCCAAAAUAGAUGGUUACAAAAAUGUACUGUUGUUAUUAUUACUGUCAUGAUAAGAUUCAGUAGUCUGUGAUUGUGCAGUCAUUCAGUGGUAUAAAAAGAAAUGCAAAUGACAAGGAGGAAAUACAAUGUUAGUCAUAAAAAUUAA